ACCCACUUCAGUCCAGUCCACCCUGUCGUCCAAUUUUCCAUUCCCCCCUCCCGCCUACACAGCCCACUCCCCUGUUUCAAAAUUCGAAACCCGAACCCCAAUUCUCACCCAUCCAUCGCCAUGGCGCCGCCGCUGGACUACGCCACCGCCGCUCUGCGCGUGCAGCUCCUCCAGGCGGCCGAAGGCGGCGACCUCCGCCUCUUCAAGAAGACGGCCAGGGCGCUGGACGGCGGGAAGGGUCGCCUGAGGGAGGCGGUGGAGGCAGCGAUCGCCGCUAACUGCGGCGCCGGGCCUUUGCACGUCGCCGCCGUUCACGGGAGGAUACCUGUGUGCGCCUACCUGGUCGAGGACCUCCAGUUCAAUGUCGACACCACCGACGAGUCAGGAGAGACACCUCUGAGUUAUGCAGUUGUUAAUGGAGUUGUGAACACUGUGCGGUAUCUUCUUGAUCACGGUGCCAAUCCAGAUGAGCCUAUUGGUGAUCUGAGGUGUACGGCCCUCCAUAUGGCAGUUACACAAGGAAACUGUGAAAUAGUAAAGGUCUUGCUCUCAAAAGGCGCUGAUGUCAAUUUUUAUUGCCACUGGGGAACGCCACUGCAUAUUGCUGCUGCAUAUGGGUUUGAUGAUGCUAUGAAGAUUUUGUUAGACCACAAUGCAGAUUGUAACAAAUCAGUUUGCAUUGCCGACACACCUCUCAUUGUUGCUCUCCGAGCUCACAGGCAGAAAUGUGUGAAGCUUUUGAUUAAGGCUGGUGCUGAUCUGAAGGGUGUUGGUAGUGCUGCUCCCAUAAUUGUUGCUAUAACUGAGGGCUUAACUGAGUGUCUCAGGUGCUUGAUAAAGGCUGGUGCUGAUCCUAACGUCCUCGAUGAUUUUGGAUGUCUGCCAAUCGAAGUUGCUGCGUCUCACAAUAGCCGAGCAGACGUUAAGAUCCUAUUUCCGCUGACUUCUUGUAUUCCAUCUGUGCGUGAUUGGAGCAUUGAUGGGAUAAUUGCUCACGUAAAAUCAAGAGAGGAGGAUGAUCCUAUUCUGAACAUGAAUCCAGCUAAUAUGAAGUUAGAAGCAAACAAAGCAUACAGGAGAAAAGAUUAUAUUGCCGCAGCAAGGCUCUACAACACGGCAUUGAGUUACUUUCCAGAGGAUAAAACAUUGAUUUCAAAUAGGAGCCUUUGCUGGCUUAAGAUGGGCGAAGGAGACAAAGCUUUGCGGGAUGCUCAAGUUUCCAGAGCACUGCACCGUGAUUGGCCAAAGGCCUGCUUCCGGGAAGGGGCUGCUCGUAUGCUAUUAAAGGACUAUGAAAAGGCAUGUGAUGCAUUUGUUGAUGGCCUCAAGAUAGACCCAGGGAACGCUGAGAUUGAGGAUGCCUUAAGGGAGGCUUUACAGUCCUUGAAGAUAUCUGACGGUGCCAAGAAAGACCACUGAAGAGUUCCUCCUUUUUUAUGACUGACAUAUUCAGUUGUGACAUUUUAUUCUGUUCACGAGCUCAUCCUCGAGAUGAAAAAUGGGUCUUAGCUUCUGGCCUGUGCAGGACUUCUUGCUCUCACAGGCAUAUAUGGCGUAAUGUACUUUUACUAGUGUGUCCAUCCACGUACUUGUGUCGGAGAUAUGAUUUGAUUGAUUGCUAAGUGCUCACUCCCACUUGUGUGUAGCUAAAGAACAUUGCUUGCAUACAUGAUUAUUUAGAAACCGUGGAUCAUGGCUUCAAUCUCUA